GUACCCGAGAACAAAACACGGUCGCUAGCGUGAAGUUGAGCGCUAACUAGACGGCAAAGAGUCAUUGGCGGGUGCGGACUGUUCGUACGUAGCGUGUGUUGAGUGGUUCUUUUAUCCCCUCAUUAGAAAAACAGUGAUUGUGGUAAUAAAUUUGGAAAUCGUUGAAUGUAUGAACGGACGAUCGCAUAGAUCGUAAUAACAAAAUGUCAAGGCCAGGUGACAGACAGAGCUAUGCGCAGACCUAUAAAUUGGUGGUCGUGGGCGGGGGUGGUGUUGGAAAAUCAGCAAUAACGAUACAAUUCAUCCAAAGUUAUUUCGUCACCGACUACGAUCCCACCAUCGAAGACUCGUAUACGAAACAGUGCGUCAUCGAUGACACACCAGCCAAACUCGACAUCUUGGAUACCGCCGGACAAGAAGAAUUCAGCGCAAUGCGAGAGCAGUACAUGCGUAGCGGCGAAGGUUUUCUUUUAGUAUUUUCCGUCGCCGAUCACUCGUCUUUCGAUGAGAUGUUCAAAUUCCACCGGCAAAUUCUCAGGGUUAAAGACCGUGACGAGUUCCCGAUGCUAAUGGUUGGCAACAAAGCUGAUCUGGACCAUCAGAGAACCGUUUCCAUGGAGGAGGCGCAAAACUUGGCAAGGCAAUUGAAAAUUCCGUACAUCGAAUGCAGCGCGAAACUGAGGAUGAACGUCGAUCAAGCCUUUCACGAGCUGGUGCGAAUUGUCCGUAAGUUCCAGCUCUCUGAACGACCUCCGUUAAAGCCGAACUAUAAGAUGUCGAAGAAGUGUUGCGUUUUGUAAUGAAAAUUCAUUGCUUCUAUACAUCGAUAUAUCAACAUACGUGUCAUCGGCAACAUUGAGAAAAUUAAUGGAAACAAGGUUUAAAAAAACAAGUAGGGCGAUAAAAAACAAAUAACAAUAAGCCGUUGAAAAUACAACGAGAUAAAGUAAACAAUAACGAUGAUCAAUCACUUGCCAUUUAAGUUGCAGCUACGUAUGAUACAACAGAGCAGAAUAGAAUUUUAUAACGGUUAAGAGUUACAAUUUUUAAUUUGCGAUUCUUUUUACGUCAUAAUGUUGGUGAACAUGUAGCAAGUGAUAUUUACGUUGAAUGUGAAUUGACCCAAGCUUUAUGCCUACCUAGACUUAAGUUAAGGGGUAACACCUCUCUAUCGGUCAAAAAAAGGCCUAACUUUUGAAAAAGGAAUAGGAUUUCUAUUCAGAGGGUUUAUUGGACACAUAUUGGAGCAUGAAACAAAAAUUUUUUAUCAUCAGAUUUCGUGUAAAGUAUAAAACCUGGAAUAAAAUGUAUAUAUUCUAUUGCCUAUGGGACUAUGUAGGUUUUUUUUUGUGAAAUUUUGUAGAAAUGGUGCACUUUUGAAAAAAUUAAUCAAUUUUUGACCAAAAAAUAAGCAGUAAAUUGUUUGUAGGAGAAGUGUACAUUAAAUUAAAAAGGGCUACGUACUAGCAUAGAGAAUGCUACUGUAAAAAUUUCAAAUCGAUCUAUGUAACGGUGUUCAAGUAAUCUGUCCUCCCAGUUUGA